GGCACGAUCCUUAAAGCUUCCAUUGCUCCCUCGCCUCGCCUCGCCUCGCCUCCUUCGACUUCCAGCAGCACACUACCACGCCCGCAAACCCCCCACCUCGCGACGAACCCUCCCGGAGCGCACGGCGCGGCGGGAGAAGCCCUAGCCCCGGUCCCCGGCGAUGGCGGUGGAGGGAGGUGAGGCUGGCGGUGGCGGGCCAGGCGGCGCGGAGGAGGGCGUCGGCGAGAGCUCGUCCCCGCCUCGCGCGCCCGCGCCCGCGCCCGCGCCAGCUGCAUCAGGCGGGAGCGGUGGCCGCGGCGGCGGCGGCGGAGGAGGAGGGGUGGGAGCCCGCGACAUCUGCCGCGAGGUGUUCGAGCGCCUCGUCGCCGACGGCCACGUGGAGGCGGUGGGGGCGUCCGGCCCGGAGCUCCGCGCCCGGCUCGAGGCCCACUUCGCCCGGCUCCCCACCAGCUAUCAGCUGGAUGUGAAUGUUGACAAAGCAGAGCAAGUGUUAAUCCAUCAGAAGGUUUUGGCAGAAGCAAAGGAUCCUGAUAGGCGCCCAGCAUUUGCUGUCCGUUUCCUCAGGCUUGAUGAGGUAAAUGUGGACGAGACAACUAACUCUGAUGCACAUGAAGAAGGGGCUGAUAUUGGUGAAGCUCUUUCUACCAGGUCAAAGGCAUAUACAUACAUUCAUGAGAUUCUAUUCUCCACUACGGACAAACCCAAGCUCCUGAGUCAGCUGUCUGCUUUGCUUUCUGACAUUGGACUGAACAUUAGGGAGGCACAUGUGUUCUCAACAACAGAUGGUUAUUCUCUUGAUGUGUUUGUUGUCGAUGGUUGGCCCAUUGAGGAUACUGAGGGUUUGCAUAAGGCACUUGAAGCAUCAAUUUUGCGAAAUGAGGGUUCAUGGUCUGGCUCUGAUUCCUCAGCUUCAGGAAAGUCACUUCCAUUCCUAGCACAAGAUUGUGAAUCAGAUAUUGACACAAGACUUCUGAAGAUUGUAAAGAAGGUUGCUUCUGGAUCUUGUGGGGCUAUGUUUCUUGGGACUUAUGGUGGUGAGGAGGUUGCUGUUAAAAUCCUUAAUCCUGAGAAUUUGGACCAAAAUGCAUGGAGUGAAUUUAAGCAAGAAAUCUACAUAUUAAGGGAAGUUGAUCAUCCCAAUAUUGUCCGAUUCAUUGGCUCAUGCACAAAGCCACCUCAGUUUUACAUAGUUACAGAAUGCAUGUCUAGAGGAAGUCUGUUUGAUUUCUUGCACAAUGAGCACAAUGUCUUGGACCUCCCAGCAGUUCUGAAGUAUGCAUUAGAUGUAUGCAGAGGGAUGUCCUACUUGCACCAGAAGGGCAUCAUCCACAGAGAUUUAAAGUCUGCCAACCUUUUACUGGGCAAAGAUCAUGUUGUGAAAGUGGCAGAUUUUGGUCUAGCCCGUUUCCAGGAUGAAGGAGGUUCUAUGACAGCUGAAACUGGGACCUACCGAUGGAUGGCGCCUGAGGUUAUCAAUCAUCAGCCUUAUGAUAACAAAGCAGAUGUGUACAGUUUUGCUAUUGUACUUUGGGAGCUCAUGACAUCCAAGAUUCCGUAUACUACCAUGAGCCCCCUCCAGGCAGCUGUCGGUGUGAGGCAGGGAUUGCGACCACAACUUCCAGAAAAUGCACAUCCCAGGCUAUUAAACUUGAUGCAAAGAUGUUGGGAAGUCCUUCCAUCUGACCGGCCUUCAUUCACAGAUAUCAUUGCUGAACUAGAAGAUAUUCAGGCGCAAGCUCAGGGAACAUCAGGGGAGUCGAGCCAGAAACAAAAGGAUGGUGACAGUGCCCACUAAAGAUUGACACUCAGCACGUACUUGACGGCAGUUUGGUGCAUCUAAUCUGAUUAACUUGAGUUAGGAUCCAGGCCACUAACAUUGGAGAAAAUAUACGUAACCCAGUUUUGUCUGCGCUUCUUGGGGCCAAUUUCUCGGUCCUGUUCUCGUCUUACGCGGUCCUAGUCCCAUUUUUCUUGCACAGAGAGGAGGAAACCAGGACCUUCUGAGUUCUGACUGAGUUUUGGGGUUGCGGCUUGAUAUGUGAAUAUUCGAAUGAGAGGAAAUCUUUGCUGCCUGGCAUGUAAAAUUGCAUGCUUCUUGUAUCUGCUUCACCCGUGUUAUUGAGGCGCAAUGGUUGAUGAAUAACUUCAGGAAUGCGAAAUGCUCAGAUCAAUGCUGAUUGAGGUUUUCAUGAUUAUGUCAGGUGUUGCGGAUGCCUGUAGGUGACUGGUUCUUGCUCUCAGCUUUCAUAUCCUGCUGCAACCAUGCUGGUUGGCUCAUCUCCUGUUUUUUUCUUCCCUGUUACAUCUUCCAUGCAAGGAAAAAAAAAAUAUGGCGCUAUCA